AAGUCAAACAAUACCCUAAUAGCAAAACCCUAACACGUUUGUUUUUAUUCUAGGGCUUCUUAACGUCCCCAACCGAUUUGGAUCCUGAAGCUAGGGUUUUUGAGCGAUGGAAACGGCGACUACAGAGACGGUGAUGGAAACGGCGACUACGGAGACGGCGAUGACAACGGAGACCACGGAGACGGCGAAGGCAGCUGUGACGGAGAAGAGGAAGCCGGUGUUCACGAAGGUGGACCAGUUGAAGCCGGGGACCGGUGGCCACACUCUGACGGUGAAGGUGGUGAGCUCUAAGACCGUGUUGCAAAAGGGCCGAUCGGUGUCGCAGCAUCUUCGCCACACUCGUAUUGCUGAGUGUCUUGUUGGGGAUGAGACUGGGGCGAUCAUCUUCACUGCUCGUAACGAUCAAGUUGAUAUGAUGAAGGCGGGCGCCACCGUGAUUCUGCGCAAUGCAAAGAUUGACAUGUUUAAGGGAUCAAUGAGGCUAGCAGUUGACAAAUGGGGACGUGUUGAAGUGACCGAGGAUGCUAACUUUGUAGUUAAAGAGCAGAACAAUCUUUCGCUAGUUGAGUAUGAACUGGUUAAUGUGCUGGAAGAGUGAUAGGUAAAUACAUUGCCUUAAGAAGUGAAUAUAUUACGAGGUUACAAAAGGUUUGAUUAUUGUUGGGUGGUCCUUAAUCAGAUGCAGCUUUUAUGUUUGCUACACAAGUCUUGCCAGAGAUGUUUUCGGUUUUGAAGCAGUGAACUGUUUCAGCUUUUAGCUACUUGGAAAGGUCGAUUAUUGUUGUGCUUUAUGUUCUUAUAUGGCAGAACCCUGCACAGUAAAUAGAUAAUAUAUUGGCAAGAUGUCUUCAGUUUUCUUUU